AUGACAGCACUUAAACUGAUUUUUACAUUGUUGGCACUAACUGCUUUUAGUGUACAAGCAAAACCAUCACAUCCAUAUUCAUAUGAUUCGCAUGCAAUACCGGAUCACUUCGAUUUCGCACCACCUGUUCUACCACCAGCACAUUUCCACACAGCAGAACCAGCAUCAUUUUUCCCAGUACCAGCACCUUUACUACCGGCACCAGCUCCUUUACUACCUGCACCAGCACCUUUGCUGCCAGCACCAGCACCUUUACUACCUGCACCAGCUCCCUUACUACCAGCACCAACACCAUUACUACCAGCUCCAUUAUUACAUGCACAUGCUCCACUUUUCCCUGCCGCAGCUCCAGUAUUUCAAGCACCUUUGGUAACAGCUCCAGCUCCUAUCUUCCAUGCACCUUUAGUACCAGCUCCUGCCCCAGUCAUACAUACAGCUGCAACACUUUUGCCUGCACCUGAGCCACUCUGGCCAGUGGAAGCUCCAGUUGUUCAUUCGCAUGUUUUGCCAGCUGCAACACCUGUUCUUCCAGCUCCUUUACCUAUAGCGAAAGUAUUACCUCCAGUUUAUGAAGCUAUACCAUUUGCAGUUCCCAGUUAUCGUGCCACAUUUGGUCCUAAAAAAACAACUCAUCACGUUUCUGUGGGUUAUGCAUUCCCUCAACCCGCUAUCGCUAAAAUCGUAGCACCGCAUGCACACUUAAUAGCAAAACAUCACCAUCAUUCGCUCUUCUAA